UUACCAGACAUUUAAGAUGGGCAAUGGGCCAUAUAACCCAAGGGUGAUAUGCAAUCUUGAUUUUUGUUGAGACCCUGUUGAAAGCAUGAUAAUUGCCGCGUCGUUUUACAGAAUAGGAAGGAUAAAAUUAACAAUCACCCCUUUUGAGCUAUUGGAGCCUCCUCUUGUUCACUCGCUCACCCCCUCCUCACAGGCUGUAUCAAAGCUUCUGUUUAUAUUGAGGGAGAUCAUCCAUGACCGACUUAUAUAAAGACCAUUUCCAUAUUAUGCGCCUGGAAUUCCUUUCUUUUUUUUCAUCCCGAUUUUGGUUCGAUUGGGGUUCUUUUAAUACACAUGGCUUAUCAGUAUAGCAGCAAUGAUGUUCCACAGAUCGAUAGCUCAAAAUACCAAAGUGAUUCUUCCGUUAAUACUCCUCCACCAAUAUAUGAAAAUUUGGAUGAACACCAACUAGAGAAACGUGACAUGGAGAAUAAUGCCGAGCAGCGGAAAACUUGGCUGCAUAAUUUGUGUUGUGUAUGUUGUCCCUGUUUGCCGAUGUGGGUACGAUGCAUCUGCUGCUUUUGUAUUUUGUGUAUCAUCGGGCUAGCGAUUGUCGUUGGCGUACUAGCUGCACUUUUCAAACAGCCCCAAGUAGAGUUCAAUGGAAUCACCGACCAUCCCAGCGGUCUACCGAGGUUGCAAAAGAAUGCGUCGUCGAUGGCCUUCACGAUGAACCUCGGGUUAAAGAUUGGUGUAAAGAACCCAAAUGUGGAAAGUAUCACAUUCGAGAAUAUCAAAGCUGUGGCGUUUUAUCCCACGAAUCCGGAGCAGUCUGUAGGCGGUGGAGAAAUGCAGAAUCUGCUUAUCGAGCGUAACAGCAUCACGAAUUUCACAUUUCCUUUCCAAUUAUACUAUGACCCUCAGCAAGAUCCGAAUUAUGCCAUGUUAAACGAUAUAAGCAGCAAAUGUGGAUGGCAAGGGGCAACCAAGUCGGAUUUGACGGUCCUCUACGACCUUAUUCCGACGGUGAGGAUCGCUGGUAUUCCCAUCAGCCUGACUUUGCGUCAUUCCGCGCACUUCCAAUGUCCGUUGAAGGAUGAUCAACUUUCAAGUAUUAGCUUACCUACACCCAGAGUUUCAUAGUAUACCGUCUUCAAUCAUCUUCAAUAGAACGAUGGAAAAGAAAAAA